AUGAAACAAAAUAACGUUGUUAGAUGUGACACGUAAAUCAUAAACAACGUCGUGUUUUUCGAUUCUUGUCGAUGAUUUACAUGAUUUUAGAAAGUAAAUGUACGGGUAGUUCGGCCUAGGUCGGAAUGGUAUCUUUCCUAAAUUAUUUCCAUUAGUAAAAAGUGUUAUUUGUUUCGUGGAUCAGAAAACGUACGGACUUGUGUUGGAAAGAGUUUCCCUGUAGUGUUUAUCUUCAGUAGAAAUAUGGGGCGUUCCGUGAUUUGUGAGGCUUAUCUUGAGGAGUACCUCAAAAGCAUUUCAAAAAAGCAGGGCACUUGCGUGGGCUUACUGAUUGGUCAGCCCUCGAACAACGGCAAAGACUUUGUCAUCCAUUUGAACAAAAUCAAGGACGAUUCCGGCGUUGAACCGGAGGCUCAGAACAUUCUGGACAUUGACAACCAGCAGGUUUCACAACAUGCACUGAUCGAAACGAGGUUGCUUCCGGGUGGAUUUUACGUGAUGGGCAUUUUUGUCAUCAAUCCGAAGAAUGUCUUUGAAGAUCAGAAUCUGCUCAGGAAGGUCAAAACAAUGCUUGUGGAUAUACGCCACACGUUUAAUUCAAACCUGCUGUUGCAGGGAAACUGUGAUGAGCUGGAUGCAGGAGAGAAAUUGGUCUUUUUCUACUCAUCCAGUAGCAACGUGUUCGGAUGUAAAAGUGUGGCUCUGAAAUCGGACAAUCUUUCGCUAAAGCCAUGCGAAUGGAAGUUCCAGGAUAGAGCCACCAGCUGGCAGAUGAUGAACACAUUUUUCGAAACUGACGAAACGUUUGCGUUGAAAAAGAAAUCCGAUGACCAAUACGACACCGAGGGGAAUCUGACCGAGUGCGUCGAAGUGCUGAAACAGCAGUUGGACAAAGGUGUCGUGUUCUUUGACGGUGGACCAAAAGAUGGAAAUCAGCUAGUCGAGGCUGCUCUUCAAGACAAGAAAAACGAUCCAUUCCUGGUGCAUGUGUAUACGCCAUUGGCAUCCAACGACAUUUCCACUCGAAAGAUCGAGACCUUCAACGGAACGCUCAAAUUCGACGGAAUAAUCAGCUCUAAAGUGUUCGUCCACCCGAAAAACACAUUCUCCGAAGUGGAGUCCUUCAUCAGGGCGGACAUCGUUCGUUCGUUGAUGUCGCGGGUGCAAAUCCAUUGCGAUUCCCUUGUUCAGUCGGCAGACGACAGCGUUCAGGACACGGUGAUGCUGAACGAGCUGCCCCGUCGUAUAUAUUUUCCCAUUCAGCCCAAGUCGAACCCGAUCCUGUUUAGUGAGUAUUUGUUCCUGGAGGAGGCGAAGGAGACGGCCAUUCCGCAGAUCCGAGACACAUUGGAUUUGGUUCUCAUGCCGAAGGAACUGAAUGCAACGGUGGAGGUGGUGGCCGAGGUGAAAGAAGAUGACCGACAUGACGCCAAGGAGUGUGAGACGAGUACGUCCGAUAGAGGAGAAGCGAAAUUAAAUUUGACGCUGGUUGGAGUGUUGCUGUCCGUGGUGGUAUUGUUGAUUGCCGUUUUGGUGUUCUUUUUGAUGAAGUAGUAGAUAAGGCGAGUUUUCUGUGCCCGCUCAGUGCAUGUUUCUUCAUAUUAAUGUUUUUGGCAUAUGCAGUCAAAUAUAUACAACAAUAUUUUACCAUGA